AUGCCAUUCCUCAAGUGUCACAAGGAGAGUCGACUAAAAGGGCUCAUCGAGAGAUCCAAGAGGAAUGGCUGGCGCUGCGCCAUUUACGACAACGGCUUGCCGCCCGACAAAAGCCGCUACAUCGGCAACUGGGAAAACGACGCCAAGCAGGGCUUCGGCAUCCAAUAUUGGAGGGGUAAGCUGAUCUACCAAGGCGAGUGGCGGGCGGGCAAGCGACACGGCAUCGGCGUACUCGUGCGCGUCGAUCGGCAGUCGGGCGCCAAACGGGUCCUCUACGCGGGCUGCUGGCGCGAGGGCAAACGCCACGGCUUCGGGGUCCGCUACUAUCCCGACGGCAGCAGUUACCAGGGCUACUUCCGGGACAAUCUGCGCCACGGCUACGGUCGCAUGCAGUGGGCCGAUCGCCGCUACGAGGGUGCCUGGAAGGACGAUCUGCAGCACGGCGUCGGUCUGCUCCUGGACGCCUCGGGCAAUCGCUACAAGGGCCAGUUCGUGCGCGGCCGGAAACACGGCCGAGGCAGCUAUCAUCAUCUGGCCAGCGGCCAGCUGCAGUGCGGCGAGUGGGCCAACGACUCGUGCAUCAGCAGCGUCGUGAGGGACGCGUCGUUCAGGCAACACGCGCGCGCUCCGACGCCUUAUCCGAUUCCACCGAUUUUGGAGGAACGUCUGCACGAAGAUUCGACGGUCGGCUCCGAGCCGUUACUCUGCUCUCCGAAGUGCCCCGGUCGAGCGCGAGAUCUCUGCGGAAACAGAUUAUGACUUAUAACAGAUUCGUACAGCAAACAUUUUUUUUUAGC